AUCUGGUACAAUCAAUCAUUCAAACAGAACACCAGUAAUCCUGGAUAUACCCAAGGUUGACCAACGAGUGAUUACCAGGAUUCAGCCUGCAAGUAUAUCUCCCUCGCCUCACAUGGCUACGGAAUAUUAACUGUUAUGGGUAAUGUAAUGGGUGAAUGAAAUAUCAAAUACCAAAUCAAUCAGUCUUCUUAACAAAUAUCUCGUGACUUUUUCUUGGAUGUAGUCUCCUUGUAGUAAGUAAGCAAAACUUGUGAGUAACAUCUCUAUUUAAGGCGACGAUAUGAUAACUAAAACAUUUAUAUCUACCACUGUACCACAAGCACCCAACAAUUAAUUUAUCAAAUGUCUGAAAUCUCCAAUGGUCAGCGACAUGAUAGGAGUGCACUCGUCCUUUACGGAACUGAAACUGGAAACUCUCAAGAUGUGGCAGAGGAAUUGGGACGUGUGACGGAAAGACUUCAUUUCAUGACCAGGGUGUGUGAGAUGGAUGAGGUUGAUAUUGUAUGUAAUCCUUCCCUAUGUAUUAUCAGCAUAUGCUUAUUCGAAUCCAUCAAACAGAAAGAAUUGUUAAAAUAUCAGUUUGUUAUCUUCACAAUAUCAACUACGGGACAAGGCGAAUUCCCAAAGAAUUCGAGGAAAUUUUGGAACAGCCUUUUGAGAAAACGUUUGCCUCCUGAUUGUUUAAGUCACGUGAACUUUGCCACUUUUGGUCUUGGUGAUAGUUCUUAUGCAAAGUAAGUACAAGAUGGAAUGGAUUGAUAUAGACGGAAAGAUCAACUACUUCACAAGAUGAUACUCAUAUACUCGUAGGUUUAAUUUUGCAGCUCGUAAAUUACAUAAAAGGUUGGAACAGUUAGGUGGGAACGAAAUAUAUCCUAGAGGGGAAGCUGAUGAGCAACAUGAAGAAGGGUAAGUGGGAGUUUAUGUGGAAGAUUUCUUUCCUUCACAUCACUCUAUUGAUAUGGUAGUAUUACAACAUAGCAAAUUCUCUGGCUGUGUGCUCUAUGAUAAAAUAUAAGCUGUCGUGCUUUUUUUGCUUUUCAAUCUUCACACCUACAUCGACCGCACUUGCUAACACUAAUAGUGUUGAUGGAACUUUCCUAUCGUGGUAUAUUGACCUUAAAAAGAAACUCCUCGAAUUAUAUCCAUUACCGGAUGGCUUAGAACCAAUUCCCGAUGAUGUUCUUCUCCCUCCCAAAUAUUGGCUAGAGCUUAAAAAUGAAUCUACUACGGUUACUGAGAAACUGAAUUCACCACUUGAUAAUAGUGGCGAAAUUGAUCACACAGAACUUGAUUCAUUAAAUAGUAAGCUGGCUCCUGCUGACGAUUUAAAAAGUCUCCCACUUAUCGACUAGUUCUUUUACAAGUCCUUUUAUUGAUCAACGCACUCUAGGUACAUUUGACGGUCAAUCUCAAAAAUCCUCCAUCUCAGAAGACGGAACAAUGUCAAAUACAUCUGGCUUUGGAUUUGGGCUCCGAUUUGAUCAUGGAUAUGAUGCGCCAAAACCCUCAAAUCGAUUGACUGGGCCCUACAAAGAUGAUGAACUAGAAAGUGUCGAUUUGGUAUUGCCUGAAAGUCGAAACUUCACAGACGUCCAAAAUGGAAUUCAUGCCAUUAUCCAAAACAACAAGCGUAUCACUCCUUUAAGUCACUGGCAGGAUGUUCGCGAAAUCACUUUCAGGAUACGAAGCCAAGAAUUCUCACCGCGGCCUGGAGACACCAUAUCAAUUUUCCCCAAAAACUUUCCUGAGGAUGUCCAGACCCUCAUUGAUUUGAUGGAAUGGAAUGAUGUUGCGGAUAUGAAGUUACACUUCAAGCCAAGAUCACCAGAUUGGUUCGCCGCCAAAAAUUUGGUAUCGUCACCAAAGGAUCUUCAUCUAGUGGAUGACAACCAAACACUACGAGAACUAUUGAUUCAUAAUCUUGACUUUCAAGCUAUUCCCAAGCGUCAUUUUUUCGAAAUUAUGGCGAAUUAUACAGACGACCCGACGCACAAAGCACGUCUCCUCGAGUUUCGGGAUCCUGUCUACACUGACGAACUUUACGACUAUACUACUCGCCCUCGUCGCAGUAUCCUUGAAUGUCUUCAAGACUUCCCGAGCGUCAAGCUUCCAUGGAAAGAUGCCACCACCAUUUUCCCCAUAAUUCGAGCUCGCGAAUUCAGCAUUAGCUCAGGUGGUACCAUGCACAAUGCCCCUGAAGAGUUGAAUAAGGCUGCUAAAAAUGUAAAAGAUUCUAAAAAUUCUAAAGAUGACGAACCUUUGGAUAAACCUGUGAAAAAUUAUAACUUCCAAAUCCUCGUCGCCAUUGUCAAAUACCGCACCGUUCUCCAAAAAGUCCGCAACGGUCUUUGUUCCCGCUAUUUAGCCACCCUUCCUGAAGGAUCAGUUAUCACUAUCAGUUACAGCAGAAACGCAUCUUUCUACAAAGCACCCAAGGCCCUGAAAGGACGUCCUCUCAUCUUGGUUGGUGCAGGGACCGGAAUUGCUCCUCUUCGAUCAUUGAUCCGAGAGCGCGCCAAGCAAAUGAUGUACUCAAAGUGUCAGGGAACAGGAUUCGGCGACGUCCUUCUCAUAUAUGGUGGCCGCAAUCGCGACGCAGAUUACUUUUACGGUACUGAGUGGGAAAAGCUUAAGUCAAAAGUACACGCAAAUCCAGUCUUCUCAAGAGAUGGCCCGCAAAAAGUCUAUGUACAAGAUCAGAUUAGGAAACAAGGACAAGAGAUUGCAGAUCUGUUGACAAAAUACAACGCCCUCAUCUAUGUAUGUGGUAGCUCUGGUGGUAUGCCCAAAGCUGUCAGACUAGCUUUCUUGGGCAUCUUGCAGAAGCAUGGAGAUAUGAGUUUUGAGGAGGCAGGGGAUUUUGUGGCGAAUAUGGAGAAGUCGAAGUUUUAUAUACAGGAGACGUGGUAGAGGGUAGUGGUUGAAGAUCGGGAGCUUGAGUUUAUAGAUUCGGAAUUAGGUUCUCGUGGAUUUCUACAGUUUUACCUAGCCUGCAUUGUCUUGUGAGUUGAUCGAUCGGGGAUGCAUGCUUUUCUUUUACUUCUGCUAUGAAAUUGGGAUGGGUUUAGCAACAUUUGCAGUUGUGUCUAUUAUUUAAUAGAUAACAGAGUAGAUGGAGCUUCAUGACAACAUAUGUAGAUUUAAACACUCUACAUAUACUACUUCUAGUCAUGACUGU